AUGUUGCGAUGUUGGAGGACUUUUCCAUUUACCUGCAAUGCCAACGGUUUAUCUUCUAGAAUGGCGUCCCGACUGCUUCAGAGACGCGGUGUUUCACUGGUUGGGCCGGCGAAGAGCACUUUCUUUGCGCUUUACAACGCCCAGAAGCAGGGCAUGUGUGUGAGUGCCUGCCGUUGCCCCGGCCGUGCGUUCUCUAGCACUCGAACAAUACAAGAACAAAAAAACACGGGCGAUUACCUUGCCGGCUUCCGUGAGGUCAAGACAUACGAGGGGAAGGGGGAAGAGGGGGAAGGGGGGAAAGAGGAGGAAGAUCCCUUUUCGGCCGGUCCAGGUCAGGGCUAUCUUCCCUUUCCACCUCCAUUCCACACAUUUAAUGUGGUCAUGCUACUUUUCCUUGCCAACGUCAUUACAUAUUUUUUGAUGAACUUCUCGGGGAGCGAUUCCUUGCGGGACUUCAUUGUGGACCAUUUUACACUUUCCCACGAAAAUGCCGGGAAGAUUUAUCCCCUCCUUACCAACGCCUUUUAUCAGGAGAAUUUGCUGCAACUCCUUAUCGACUGCUGGCUUCUUUGGCAGUUUGGGAAUACAAUGUUGGGCUUUCUCGGGAACACACGCAUGACCUUUUUUGCGGUGCUCUGCACACUGGGCGGAAGUUUCAUUCAUUUGGCGCGUCAGAAGUUUGAGUUAUAUUAUGGCAUGGAUCCAUUGGAGGUGCGUGGAAGGUGUUACGGCCCGAAUCCUUUUAUUCUUGGGCUUAUCGGCGUCGAAGGCCUCAUAUUUCGACAUCUUAAUUUUAUUCAGCAACCACCCAUUCCUUUUUUGGUACUCACGGCAUUUGUCAUGGUUAUAGACGUCUGGCGAAUUUUUACAACGAGGCCGGAAGAGCACGGAGCGUCGACAGGCGGUGCACUUGUGGCAUACUUCUUUUGGGCUCUUCCCACGCGUAUGCUCGGCCUUGACAAACUUACAGCUGCAUUGUAA